UACGGAUUAUCCCUCUGUAAUAUCCGUAUGUAAUUAAUUAAAAAAUAAAAAAUAAGUAAUAUACUCUCCCUCGAGCCACUUUGUCCCCCUUCUCGAGCCCUUUUUCCCCUUCUCUCAAGCCCUAUUUUCUCAUUNCAACCAUCUGUCACCGUCAUUCUCCCUCUCUGAUUCACACUCGUUGUCGUCAACCCGUCAUUCUCCCUCGGCGAACCUUCUUCUCCCUCGGCGAACCUUCUCCCUCGGCGAACUUUGUUCUUCAUCGUUUUAUCCUCANUUCCACNCCCUCUUCUCUCCCNAGAAAAAAAGCAGCAGCAGCUCCCAAGAUCCGAUCAGAUCCAUUUUAUCGUCUUUCUCUCUCCUCACUUCCACUCUUCCUCUUCUCUCUCCUUCCCUCAAUUUUUCUCACUCUCCCAAAUCGUUUCCGCUCCAGCCGCUUAGGGUUUCCCCAAAUUUCCUCUCCAAAUGCGUAGGAUCCACAUCCAGCCAUCGCCAAGUUCAAGUGCAUGAAGCUUUGGUGNUGUCUAUGCUUCACUGAAGAGGAACAAGAUAACCUAAACUUCAUGAAGGAAGAGGACAUUUCCGAAAACGACGUCGUUCCCGGCGUUGGAGCUGCUGCUCUCGCUGACCACCACGCUGACGACAACCGCGACGAUGACCGAUUCGCGAUGACGCCAGUGCAGCCGCGCGCCGAGGCAUUGGUCUCGUGGACCGGCGAGUGCAGCGCCGCCGCGUGCUCGGACAGCACCGUCGCAGGCAGCGUCGAGAGCCGCGAUUUGAGCCAUAAGCGCGCCAAGUUCUACGCCGAUUUCGAGGAGCGGUACUUUUAUACUUCAUCCUUGAAAAAGGUGAGAAUACUUAAAAGGUACCUUUAUAUUUUCCCUUUAUAAUGCGUGUAACCUUUAAUAGUUUACAAAAAUGUUGAAUGAUUCUUAGAAGUAAUGUAUGUUACAUGUUUUAUUGCAGAUAAACAAACCAUAUCUUCCAUUGGCCUUUGGGAAAUUAUCCUUCAGAAAUUGUGUCUUUAUUGUUGCCUCAUCUGCAAUUUU